AUGGUCAUGGUUAAGAGUGUCUUAUUCGCCAUGCCCUCUCACUCAAUGACCUGUUUUAAACUUCCGAUCUCCCUUUGCAACCAGAUUCAAUCAGCGGUAACAAGAUUAUGGUGGGACUCUAACUCUGGCGCGAAGAAGAUGGCUUGGGUAUCUUGGGAUGAAAUGGCACAAACAAAAACCAACGGGGGACUUGGGUUUCGAGAGUUCGAAUGCUUCAAUGAUGCUUUUCUUGCUAAACUGAGCUGGAGGCUGCUCAAUAAUCCAAUGGGUCUACGUGCAAGGACCCUGCUCAUAAAAUAUUGCCAACAUGAAGAAUUCACCAAAGUACCAGCGGUAUCAGCUAUAUCUCAUGGUUGGAGGGGCAUUUUGAUAGGACGUGAUCUUCUGAUACGAAACAUGGGAUGGGCAGUAGGAGAUGGCAAGACCAUAAAGGUCUGGCAAGACCCAUGGCUUAGUACAUCACGUCAGCUCCAACAUAUGGGACCGCCUACUAAAGCUUCCCACGAUAUAGUGGUGGCAGACCUGUUUCAAGCAAACACGCAAGACUGGGACUUGAAUACAAUCGAACGGGAACUACCGGAACUGGUGGACACGAUCUUAAGUAUCAAGCCGAGCAAGCAUGGGGCCCCGGAUAAACUAUUCUGGAUUCACACAAAGGAUGGAGUCUACACAACUAAGUCUGGGUAUAUUGCAGCAGUGGAGAUUCAAAAUGAGAAGAAAGCCAGAGACCGGCGAGAUCAAGUGACAAACUGGUAA